AUGGACGUUUCGUUGACAGUUGCAGACGUGCCAUGCGGACACGGAGCAAUUGGCACGCGCGCCGCGAGACUCGUCGGAGGACAAAACGCGAUACCGCACGAGUUUCCUUGGAUGGUUAGUAUCAGCAGGAAGGGAGGACAUUUCUGUGGCGGCACCAUUCUUAACUCAAAAUUCGUUCUGACUGCGGCGCACUGCUUGUGCACAUCGACCUCGGUGGUGCCAAUUGGUCAGCUGCGUGUCAGCCUAGGGGAAUACAAUCUAAGGGGAGCGGAAGUGCCCCCGUCGAGGGAAGAGAGGGUGGCAAACGCUAUUCUACACCCUGGCCACAAAUGUGGAAAAUUCGUGGACGAUAUUGCCCUCCUGGAACUCGCUCGGCCAAUCACUUGGUCGGAAAGCGUGAAACCAGCCUGUUUACCUGUGGCCACAGGGAAACCAGGAUACAGUGCCUUCGGGGGGGAGCUAGCUAAGGCGGCCGGAUGGGGUUGGCUCGGAGAAGACAGGUCCAGAUUCAAACGAGCAGACAUCCUGCAGAAAGUGGACGUUCGCGUGAUCGAGAACAGCGUUUGUCGCGAAUGGUAUGCCAGCGAGGGCAAGUCGACUCGCGUGGAGGUGAAGCAAAUGUGCGCCGGCCACGAAGAAGGCGGUCGGGACACUUGCUGGACUGACAGCGGUGGACCUUUGAUGAUCGGAAGUCAUUCUGGUGGUAGCAUGAUGGUCGUAGGUGUAGUCUCGUGGGGAAUAGGAUGCGCCCGACCUCGACUUCCUGGUGUAUAUACACGAGUCUCGGAAUAUAUACCUUGGAUAACAAAAUAUGCGCAUUUUAUACGGUGA